AUGAUGGAGGCCUGCCACUUCGUGACGAGCUGCGUGCUUGUCGAUGUUGUCUGGACGGACUACGCGAGGAGUAACGACGUGGUGAACGAUGACGAUGGCGACGUGGUGAACGAUGACGAUGGUAAUUGUCGUCGGUACGAUCUCUCCUUGACUGUCGGCGAACUGGCGUAG